AUGGAGAACCGGCACGUCGACACCGAGAAGUGGGUCAAGGUGAGCAUCCAAGGGGCUCCCUACCUGCGGAAGGUGAACCUGAGGGCGUACCGAGGGUACAGGGAGCUCAUGGCUGCGCUCUUCUGCUUCGUCCGCACAUUCAACUGGGCUAGCCAGCAGUGGGGCAUGCUGGUGGCCUACGAGGACGAGGCCGGCCACUCCAUGCUCGCCGGCGACCUCCCGUGGGACAUGUUCGUCGAUAGCUGUGUGAAGCUGCUCAUCUGCAAGAUGCGGCUGCCUUGA